ACCACAGGCACCUCACGCAACAUGCACCACGGAUAAAUGCAUUUUAACUGAAAAAAGCACAAGGACUCAAUGCCGCGGUAUUUAACUGACUGUGCGGCAGCACGCGGGAAAGACAGAGGUCUCAAGCAGCUGGAUUUAAUGGACGAGGCAGCUACAAUCUUGACGGUUAGGCAUGAGGCUGAAGAAGCAAAGGCCGAAUUGCGGAGCACAGGGCCUCCUUCGAGUCUGCGGCGAGACAUUUCACUCAUUAUCCCAUCCAUGAUAUCGACACAGGAAGUUCUUCAGAACCUUGGUCAAUACAGCAACAAAGGACACGUUUAUUCUGAUGAAGACGAGGAAGACCUAGUCCUGGGUCAGCGACAUAACAGUGUUCAAAACAGUGCCUCAGCGGCAACCAUCUACGAUGAAGUGAGUCCCAUCAUUCCGCCGCUCACACCGCUGCCGUCGUCCCUACCACUGGCAAUACCGUCAAAAGAGCGACAUGUCACUUCACGCCAGGCUUCUUCACACAAAAGGCAAGCAGCUCCACCACAUACGAUAAACAGUGGCGAUGGCGAUGACGACCCUAUCAUGGACUUUGAGGAUAGCGGUGACGACAAUGGCAUAGUAGACAUAAACAGCGUGGAGGAUCCGGAUCCAAUUGUCAGCAGCAUAUCACCUUCGUUAGUGUCGUCCCCUCGACACCUUAUCCGCCAGCCACUUGGUCUCAAUGCCAUUCGUCCUCUUGGUCCGCCCACAUCUCCUAGCCGCCGUUUUGUCAUCCCCUCUGCAGCAGCAAUCACGCCCGGUAAUAGAGGACAGGUCCCGGAUUCACCGAGCAAGCGACUUCGACCUAUAAGCGAACUUCCGCGCCCCGUCGCACCCCCGUUCUUGCAAAUGCAGAGAUCUCCUGGCCGUAGAGGUAUCCCAGGGUCGCCUUCCAAAAGACAGUCCAAGGGUAGAAAAGGGUCUGCUCAUGCAGAUGUUCUGAUCCAACCAGUAACGGAGGCGUCGGCAGCAAGAACUACUUUAUCGCCAGCGCCGAAGAGGACUCCAACAACAAGAGUCAGUGAAAUUGCAAGAGCGCUAAAGAAUGUGCAACCACCUCCUCUACUGGCUCCACAGCUGCUGCAACUUGCAGAAGAAUCAAGACAUAGAAAAGAUCGCGAUCUGUAUGAGGACGACGAAGAGCUAGAGCCCAGAGCACGGAAGCGUGGACGACAAGGAUUGGAUAAAGGGCUGGACCAGAACAGGAAGGCGGCUCAUAUUGAAAAGGAUGCGUUGCCUGUUGCGUCUUCUGGAUGCAUGGAGCAUACUAUAAAUUCAAGUUGGGCACCGCCAUCUUAUACGGGUUCUCCAGAGCUGAGUAUGAAGGAAGAACCGAAGCUUUCCCCGGUAUCGCCACAUUCAGCAUUAGAAGUCAAGAAGCAGGUAGUGUCGGAAGAAUCUCCAGAGAAACGCAUUGCACAAUCCCCGUUCUUGGUAUCACCUCCAUCUCCAACUCUUGAAGGGAUGCGUCGGAUCAAAAAGGAGGAGUCCUCGACACCGCUACUUGGGAUGCUGAAAAAGAUGUCUGGGUCGCAGUCUUGCUUACCUACAUCACAUCCCGAGUCGGCGCAAGUGUCAAAGCAUCCUCAAGAGCAGUCGUCUCGGGAACUACUUCAACACCCACCACCGCUCUCUCGACAGGAUCAAUCCCAGGAGUGUCAUCAGAUGAAAUCAUAUCGAAAAGUACCGCAACAGCAGCGAUCUUUGCAGCCGACCAAACCGCAUGCAGAAGAGUUCAUCCCUCUUCCGACCAUUGUUCUGGAACAUGUCUCGAAGUUAACACCGAUCGACCAUAUUAAGUGGCCGCCAGCGAAAGCUGGUCGCUUUCACCUUUUUGCGCUCGUUAUGUCGAUCGGACCCGAGGAACAAAUCGUGACCAAAACCGGGCAGGCCUCUGCUAAACGUCAGCUAUCGAUAUGCGAUCAGAGUGCGACCUCGUUCAAGCUGGACUUGUGGAGGGACCGCUGCAAGUGGGCAGACAUGAUUAAGAUCGGAGACGUUGUCAUGAUUACAGACGUGCAAACUAAAGAGUAUAGACAGAAAGUAACAGGAAGUACAAGUGCCUGGUCAAAGAUGUCAAGGCUCGACGGUUCCCUUCUAGCAUCCUAUCAAGGGCAUGUCACCACCGAGUCCUGCCUAAAGAUUCUGAUUGAGAAGCGCCGCGUCCUUGCGCUGGAUCUGCUGGACAAGGACAAAGGGAUCGCGCGCGAUCCUUCGUUUUACCUAAGCCUGGGCUCGGUUCCUGCUCAACUGGGCGCUACCUUUGGCGCGACAGGUGCAGCUCUUGUAGAACAGGGAAAAGGGUGCGUCCAAGGGCGUGCGCAAAGAGGUAGCAAAGCUGGAGGGUCAGAGCUUUUGUCACUGCUGUCGACAGCGUCGAUGGUGGCCCCGCAUAUGAAUAUAUCCUCGAAUGUAUCCGCGCCAACGCCUCCUCAAUUCCUCACUGGGAGCUCUAUAAGGGCGAGUGUUGUCUUUCGGAUGCUGAGGGUCCCAGGAGACGAGAGCCAAGGAUGGGAGAUCGGAGCUGUUAUGUCCAGUGGUCGUCUUGUUAAAAUCCAAAGCCAAAAUACAUUGCCGUGGAUAAAGGACGCGUCGCCGGGGAAGUUGCUCCAUUUCUUUGGGAAAUUCAAACAGGGUUCUGACAUAUGUAAAGUGAGGCUGGCUCUGUUUACAGUAGAUGCUAUCGUGAUGGUUCACAUCAUCUGACAGGUUUUGUACAGUCCACAUAGAUGCCGAGUCAAGAGAACCGUACUGUCUUUCGGAAGGAUGGGGAAAUUCUGCAAAACAAAGUGAUCCGCGGCACUUUGCUAGCAUUCGAUUGCUGCACGAGCACGACUUCAUGGGCGACGCUGUCUUGGAUGCCUAUAUCUUAUCAGCCAGGUUCCUGG